AUGAGUAGAAAGAAAAGGGUAUUUUCCAUUGAAAAUAUUGAAGAGGUUGCUGUGGAUUUCUUCAACUAUCUUUUGCAGGAGAAGCCAAAGAUUUCGUUUUUCAUUCCAUUUAUUUUGAUUGCUUUGGUUAUUGAGAAAUGGGUCUUCUCUUUCUCUACUUGGGUUCCUCUUGCACUUGCUGUUUGGGCAACUAUACAGUAUGGGAGAUACCAACGCAAACUACUUGUGGAGGAUUUGGAUAAGAAAUGGAAGAGAAUAAUAUUGAAUAACUCGCCCAUUACACCAUUGGAGCACUGUGAAUGGCUGAAUAAAUUGUUGACUGAAAUCUGGCCCAACUAUUUUAAUCCCAAGCUUUCAUCAAGGUUAAAAGCUAUAGUUGAGGCACGUUUAAAGCUCCGGAAACCAAGACUUCUUGAAAGAGUUGAGCUGCAGGAGUUUUCACUAGGAUCAUGCCCUCCUAGCUUAGCCUUGCAAGGGAUGCGGUGGUCAACUAUCGGCGAUCAGCGAGUUAUGCAACUUGGCUUUGAUUGGGACACCAAUGAAAUGAGCAUUUUGAUGCUUGCUAAGCUAGCGAAACCAUUGAUGGGAACUGCACGAAUCGUGAUUAACAAUCUUCAUAUCAAGGGUGAUCUUAUCUUAACGCCGAUUCUAGAUGGAAAAGCACUUUUAUAUUCAUUUGUAUCGACUCCUGAGGUGAGAGUAGGAGUUGCCUUUGGAAGUGGUGGAAGUCAGUCACUUCCAGCUACUGAGUGGCCUGGUGUUUCUUCCUGGCUGGAAAAGCUUUUUACUGAUACCUUGGUUAAAACCAUGGUGGAACCUCGACGGCGAUGUUUCACUUUGCCUGCUGUUGAUUUAAGAAAAAAGGCGGUUGGAGCGAUCAUAUAUGUUAGAGUGAUUUCAGCAAAUAAACUUUCUAGGAGUUCCUUCAAGGCAUCUAGGAGGCAACAAAAUGGAUCAUCCAAUGGUUCUUCAUCAGAAGACGUUUUUGACGACAAGGACUUACACACAUUUGUAGAGGUAGAAAUUGAGGAAUUAACGAGGAGAACAGACGUCAGACUGGGUUCAACGCCUAGAUGGGAUGCAUCGUUUAAUAUGGUUAUGCAUGAUAAUGCAGGAACUCUCCGUUUCAAUCUUUACGAGUGUAUUCCGAACAAUGUGAAGUGUGACUAUCUGGGAAGUUGUGAAAUAAAGAUGCGGCAUGUUGAAGAUGAUUCGACAAUAAUGUGGGCGAUAGGACCCGAUUCCGGGAUUAUAGCAAAGCAAGCACAAUUUUGUGGAGAUGAAAUUGAAAUGGUUGUCCCAUUUGAGGGUGCCAACUUUGGAGAGUUGAAGGUGAGCAUCGUAGUAAAAGAGUGGCAAUUUUCCGAUGGAACACAUAGCUUGAACAAUCUCCGUAACAACUCUCGGACGUCACUAAAUGGAUCAUCUAAUCUUCAGUUAAAAACUGGAAAGAAACUUAACAUAACCGUUGUAGAAGGAAGGGAUCUUGCUGCUGCAAAAGAAAAGUCCGGAAAAUUUGAUCCAUACAUUAAAGUGCAAUAUGGAAAGGUUAUCCAGAAAACCAAGACUUCUCAUACUCCAAAUCCCGUCUGGAAUCAGACAAUUGAAUUUGAUGAGAUUACUGGCGGUGAAUACUUAAAACUAAAGGUAUUUACCGAGGAGCUUUUUGGAGACGAAAACAUUGGUAGUGCACAAGUAAAUUUGGAAGGACUGGUUGAUGGAUCGGUCAGGGAUGUAUGGAUCCCUCUUGAGAGAGUGCGUUCGGGAGAAAUCAGACUUAAAAUAGAAGCCGUAAAGGCGGAUGAUCAAGAAGGAUCAACGGGUUCAGGCUCAGGAAGUGGUUGGAUAGAACUUGUUUUGAUUGAAGGUAGAGAUCUUGUUGCCGCCGAUCUUAGAGGCACGAGUGAUCCGUAUGUUAGGGUACACUAUGGAAAUUUCAAGAAAAGAACAAAGGUUAUAUACAAAACUCUAACCCCUCAAUGGAACCAGACACUAGAGUUCCCUGAUGAUGGAAGUCCCUUAAUACUUUAUGUGAAAGACCAUAAUGCAUUACUACCUACAUCAAGUAUCGGUGAAUGUGUCGUAGAAUAUCAAAGGUUACCUCCAAACCAAAUGGCUGAUAAAUGGAUACCUCUUCAAGGAGUGAAAAGAGGUGAAAUUCACAUUCAAAUUACUAGAAAAGUUCCAGAGAUGCACAAGAGGCAAAGUUUAGACUCUGAACCUUCUUUGAGUAAAUUGCACCAAAUUCCAACCCAGAUAAAACAGAUGAUGAUCAAGUUCAGGUCAUUAAUAGAAGAUGGAAAUCUCGAAGGACUCUCUUCAACAUUGAGUGAGCUCGAAACUCUCGAAGACACACAGGAAGGAUAUGUAUCUCAGCUAGAGACUGAGCAAAUGCUUCUUCUUAGCAAAAUAAAGGAACUUGGCCAAGAGAUUAUCAAUUCUUCUCCUUCCUUAAGCAGAAGAUUUUCUGAAAGUGUCAACUAG